CUCAUGUACAAUUGUUAAUGCUAUCUCUGAAAUGUCUAACAAAAUGUUGACUUGAUCAUUUCAUCAAGACCCUCUCAUCACAAGUUGGAACUAGUGGUCAACAUUGGGACAAUGCAGCCCAAAAUAACAGGGCUGAAUAUUUUCAUGGAGUGAGCAAGACCUGCCAGCAGAGCUCACUGGAGCAGGGAGACAUCCCAUCAUCCUUUUGGCGCCUGACAAAGCUUGAGAUUCAGAUCCUGCUGAACGAUGUUAAGCAGUCGAUUAACCACAUGCAGGGGACGCUGAACACCAUGCAGGGGCAGUGUAUUGAGUUGCAGACUGCCAUGUCUAAGAUCAUGACAGUAACCGAAGUUGCUGUGCAGAGGGAGGAGAACGUCCGAGCAUCAAGCCUCAUCCCGUCACAGAGGAAGGGUAUCCUUCAAACAGCCAGUGUCACUUCACAGAGGGAGGGGAUUCUCUCAGCCGCCAGCAUCAAUGCACAGAGGGAGGAGAUCCUCCAAUCAUCAGGCCUCAUCCCUGCACGGAGGGAGGGGAUCCUCCAAACAGCCAGUGUCACUGCGCAGAGGGAGGAAAUCGUCCCAAUGGCCAACGCCCCUGCGCACAGGGAGGGGAUUGUCCCAAAGGCUAGUGUCCCUGCUGAGAGGGGGGUGAUCCUCCGAGCAUCAGGCCUCAUCCCUGCUCAGAGGAAGGGGAUCCUCCAAACAGCCAGUGUCCCUGCACAGAGGGAGGGGAUUCACCAAACAGCCAUUGUCCCUGCACCGAGGGAGGGGAUUCUCCGAGCAGCUAGCAUCACUGCGCAGAGGGAGGAGAUCCUCCGAGCAUCAUGCCUCAUCCCUGCACAGAGGAAGGGGAUCCUCCAAACAGCCACUGUCCCUGCACAGAGGGAGGGGAUUCUCCGAGCAGCUAGCAUCACUGCGCAGAGGGAGGAGAUCCUCAGAGCAUCAGGCCUCAUCCCUGCACAUAGGAAGGGGAUCCUCCGAGCACCAGUCCUCAUCCCUACAAAGAGGGAGGGGAUCCUUCCAGCAGCUUCUAUCACUGCGCAGAAGAAUAAGAUCCUCAGAGCAUCACAACUCACCCCUGCACAAAGGGAGUUGAUCCUCCAUAUGACCAGUGUCACUGCGCAGAGAAAGGGAAUCCUCCCAAAGGCCAGCGUCCCUGCGCACAGGGAGUGGAUCGUCCCAAAGGCUAGUGUCCCUGCAGAGAGGGAGGAGAUCCUCCUCACAGCCAGUGUCCCUGUGAAGAAUGAAAACAAUCACCCACAACCACCUCCCAUCAUCCCCAUGGUGGCACCACUGUGGAAAUGGGAUGGUGGAGCGUGUACUCCACCUGUGGAUUUCUAUUCCAAGAGAAGAGGUCACUUAACCUUACCUAAUUAGUAAAGAAAUGACCAUUGUGAUAGCGUGGGAAUAAGUUGUGAUAGGUUAAAUGUACGGCUCAUGUGAGUGUAUAUCUGUAAUACUUUCAUGCAUUUUCUACAUAAAACAGGUUUAGCUACAUUUUACUUUUACAUUUUAGUCAU